UCCCCUCCCUUCCCUCCUCCGACGAUGACGAACGGCGGCCAUCUCCGCCGCAGCUCAUGCGCGCGACGAGCGCCGGAGAUCCUCGACUCCUCCCCCGUCCCCUCCAACCGCGGGAAGAAGCCCUACCCCUAUGACGAUCGCCAGUCGAAGAAGAAGAAGAAGAAGAAGGUGAAGAGCAAGAAGAGCGAGGAGAAGAGAUCAGUGUCGGUCUCGAUCUCUUUUGAGGAGGAAGAGGAGGGCGAAGGAUGGAGGUCGAGGUUGAGAUCUAGGGCUAAGGGAGGGAGGAUUAAAGGAAGGUCUCAGGUUGUUAAGGGAAGUAUGGGUAAGAGGAGGAGGGUUUUGGACGAUCUCGAGGAGAUUAGGGCCCAAGGUUGUGACUUGAGUAAGAAUGACAGAGAUGAGGAGGCUGAGGAAGUGGAGGAGGAUGAGGAAGAAAAGGGCGAGUCUGAUUCGAGGGCAUUUGAGGUUGAAGCAGGAGAAGAGGGGGAUGGAGUUGCCUCUGAGUUGAAGGAGUUGGGGGCUUCUAUAAAAGAAAAGGUGGGUGAGGGAGGAACGGGGAGUAAGAGGAAGCAGGUGGCUCAGGGUGUUGAAGGAUCCGUUGUGCGUGGGGAUGAGGAGGUUGAGGAGGAAAAGGCUGCAUCUGAUUCGAAGGCAUUGGAGACUGGAGCAAGAGAAGAGGGACAUGAAAAUCAGGGUGAAGAAAAAGUUGCAUCUGAGUUGGAAAAGUUGAAGACUUCUGUAAAAGGAAAGGCGGGUAAGAAACGGAAAAAAGGUAAGAGGAAGCGCCCGAGGCAGGAUGUUCAAGAAUCUGGGAUGCAAGAUGCGGAGUUGAUUAGGGCUGACAAAGAUGAAGAUGUUGAGAAAAUUGCGGUUGGGGAAGAAAAGGUUGCUUCUGAUUGGAAGGAGUUGGAGACUUCUGAACAAGCUAUUGUAACAAGGGAAGAAGAAAGGGAUGAUUGUGUAAUUACCAUGCAACAAGUUGAAGAAGAACGGGAUGAAUGUGCUGAUAAUGUGCAAGGAGUUGAAGCCAAUCCGGAAAUAGAGGUGGAGAAGGCUGUUGCCGAUGAGAAUGCUAACAACAAUGUGUUUGCAAGCGAGAAGAAUGUGAAGGAGAGUGAUGUCGCAUCUCCCAUGUCGGAUAAUAAGCUUUCGAGUACAAGGGUUAAAGAAGGGAGGAGGUGUGGCUUGUGUGGGGGUGGCACAGAUGGGAAACCUCCUAAGAAACUCAUUAAAGAGUCUGUGGAUAGCGAUAAUGAGGCAUGCGAAGGGUCAUCAACUUCAGAGGAACCGAAUUAUGAUCCUUGGGAUGGUUUUGGAGAUGAGCCCGGAUGGCUUGGUAGGCUCGUGGGUCCAAUCCAUGAUCGGUUUGGCAUUGCUCGUGUUUGGGUUCAUCAGCAUUGUGCUGUUUGGAGUCCGGAGGUUUACUUUGCUGGUUUGGGAUGCCUGAAAAAUAUUCGCGCAGCACUUUGCAGGGGCAGGGCACUGAAAUGUAGCCGCUGUGGAAGACCUGGGGCUACAAUUGGCUGCCGUGUUGAUCGAUGUCCGAAAACAUAUCAUUUGCCUUGCAGCAGAGCUGAAGGUUGUAUAUUUGAUCAUCGGAAAUUUCUCAUAGCCUGCCAUGAUCAUCGGCGUCUUUUCCAGCCUCAGGGAAUUGGUUAUUAUCAUCAAAUUAGAAAAAGAAAAGCUAGGAAGUUGAAAUUGGAAAUGAGAAAGCAUUCAAAUGAUGCUUGGAGAAAGGAUCUAGAGGCUGAGGAGAAGUGGUUAGAACAUUGCGGAGAAGAUGAAGAGUUUUUGAAACGUGAAGGCAAAAGGCUUCAUCGAGAUAUCUUAAGAAUAGCACCUACUUAUAUUGGUGGUUCUUCGGAAAACGAAAUAUUGCACCAAGGGUGGGAAUCUGUUGCAGGACUUCAAGGUGUUAUCCAGUGCAUGAAGGAAGUAGUUAUACUGCCUCUUUUAUAUCCUGAAUUUUUCAGUAAUAUGGGUCUUACUCCUCCUAGAGGUGUUCUUUUGCAUGGAUAUCCUGGUACCGGCAAGACACUAGUUGUGAGGGCUCUGAUUGGUGCAUGCUCCCGUGGUGAUAAACGAAUAGCUUACUUUGCUCGUAAAGGUGCUGAUUGUUUAGGCAAGUAUGUUGGUGAUGCAGAACGCCAACUAAGGCUUCUUUUUCAGGUGGCUGAGAAAUCUCAGCCAUCCAUUAUAUUUUUUGAUGAGAUCGAUGGAUUAGCUCCAGUACGGUCCAGGCAUCAAGAUCAGACACACAGUUCGGUUGUCUCAACUUUGCUUUCCUUAAUGGAUGGGUUGAAAUCUCGAGGUUCAGUCAUAGUGAUAGGUGCUACAAAUCGUCCUGAGGCUAUCGAUCCUGCCCUAAGGCGGCCUGGAAGAUUCGAUCGAGAAAUAUAUUUUCCUUUGCCUUCUGAGAAGGAUAGGUCUGCAAUUCUCUCACUUCAUACUCAAACUUGGCCAAAACCAUUAUCUGGAGCACUGUUAUCAUGGAUUGCACAUCAAACUGUUGGUUAUGCUGGUGCAGAUCUGCAGGCACUCUGUUCUCAAGCAGCAUUGAAUGCACUGAAAAGAAAUUUUGCCUUGAAGGAACUUCUAUCUUCUGCUGAGAAAGGUCAUGUUCAUGGGAGACUUCCUUCUCUUCCAUCAGUUAUUGUGGAGGAAAUAGAUUGGUUGACGGCUCUUGCAGUGGCACCACCACCAUGCUCCCGAAGGGAAGCUGGAAUGGCUGCAAAUGACAUAGUUUCUUCACCUCUCCCCGCCCACUUAAUUCCAUGUCUGCUACUACCACUGUCAUUUCUUCUUAUCUCAUUUUGUAAUGAUGAGAGAAUUUGGUUGCCACCUGCCCUUUCUAAGGCAGCAAAAUCCAUUAGAAGUAUUAUUGUUUCUUCUUUGGAGCGUAGAAGAGUCGCAACUUCCUCUUGGCAGUCUCAUCUUCAUCAUUUGCUUCAGGAAAAAAUUGUCCUGAAAGAAAUAGAGGCAAAUCUUUCUCACUAUGGCUUAAUCGAUGUGCCCUCAGUGAGUGGUGAUAACUUUGUGUCAGACAGCAACGAGCAGAAGUUUGAUUCCUUUAUGUUGAGACAUUCUGGUGAGCAUAGACACAAGUCAAUGAAAAUGUUUCCUCAGAAAUCGGAAAGCUCGUCUGGUUUUCGAGCAUUGAUAUCUGGGAGUCCAAGAUCUGGUCAGCAGCAUCUAGCUAGUUGCCUUCUCCAUAGCUUUAUGGGCCAUGUUGAAGUCCAGAAGGUUAAUCUGGCAACUAUCUCACAGGAAGGGCACGGGGAUCUACUUCGUGGCUUAACACAAAUUCUAUCAAAAUGCUUCCACUUGGGACGAUGUGUUAUCUACAUGCCUAGGAUUGAUUUAUGGGCUAUUAGUGAGAACCUUGGGGAAGAUGUCGAGAGUCCUACUGCUCCUUUGAUCUGCAAAUCAUUGACAGUAAACAAUGGCACAAAAAGUGUUUCAGAAAUGUGGAAUUCAUUUGUUGAGCAGGUUGAUUCUGUGAGCACAUCUGCCUCUUUGAUUAUCUUGGCUACUUGUGAAAUACAAAGUCCUGACCUCCCUCUGGGUAUAAGGCAUUUCUUCGCCAGGGAUAUAUUACGUGCUGAUUCUGCUGCAUCAGAACACAAAAUACCACGUUUUUCUGUGCAUAUUAACGGAAUUUUUGACCAUAAACUACUUAUUAAUUCCUCUGCAGAAAAAUUGUCAGAUGAUCUAAUACGAAAUUUUGUUCAGUUGCUUCAUCACAGAACUCAUCAAACUAAAAAUCAAGAGAAAUUGAAAACCUCUGGUGAUUUGGAAGCUAAUUCAGAAUCCCAAAUGCUAAGCAUGGAAACUGGACAGAAGACAGGAUUAAUUGACACAAAGUUUUCUUCUGAAGGAAUAGCAUGCAGAAAAGACCAAACUCAACAAAGUCUAAAUUCUGAUCCAACAUCUCUAAUAAGUGGACACCAGGAGGCUGGUAUUAAACCCAUUAGGCAUCAGGAUUCAUUUCCAAGAAUUUUACCUUGCAAAUCUUCAACAGGGAGUUCACCAUUAGCAGUUGCAACGUUUGGCUAUCAAAUUCUAAGAUGCCCUCAAUUUGCUGAACUUUGUUGGAUAACCUCAAAACUAAGAGAAGGUCCCUCCACUGGUAGCAAUGGACCUUGGAAAGAUUGGCCUUUCAAUGCUUGUAUAAUGCAUGUUACUAACUCACCUGACAAGAUAUCAGCUGGAGUAAACUCUAGCAUCCAUAAAGAGAAGUACAAUUCCGGUGUGGUAAGAGGUUUAACAGCUGUGGGCUUAUUGGCAUACAGAGGUGUUUACACAUCAGUUAGGGAAGUGACAACUGAUGUCAGGAAAGUGUUAGAGCUAUUAGUUGAACAGAUUCGUGUCAAGAUAUUGGCUGGGAAAGAUAGCUACCAGUACCUUCGGAUCUUAUCUCAAGUGGCUUACCUAGAAGAUAUGGUCAACAGCUGGGCAUACAAAUUUCAGAGUUCAUAUACGAACAAUCCAACAACUGAAUCAAACGCCAAGCUAGUGUCCACAGAAAGCCUGUGUACAGAAAAUAAUUUAAGUGGUACCAACCUCGUUGAUAAGAGCUCCUCUGGAGCACCAGAGUCUUUACCAGGUGUAAGUUCUGCAAAAUCCAUUACUGAUAACGGACAAUGUACUGAUGUAGAUAAAGGCCUUUCGGAUCAUCCAUCACCUAGACCGGGCAUUGCCGUGAUACAGCAAACUGAGCAGUUGCAGGAGGAUGUUCGUUCUGCAUCUCUUCCCUCUAACAGACAUUCAGAGCCUUCUUUGGCUGUUACUACACAGGAUGACGAAGAUGAAGCUUGCAGAACUCGUCCUGAAGUCAGAAAAAGGCUGGACCAUGUAACACAGUUAAAUGGCUUGGAAAUUCCAGAGAAGAGCCCAGGUGAUGAUCCUAAUAUUUCAGCUAAUGCUGUAUCAUCUAGCUCGAAAGACGUAACUUUUUGCAACAAUACUUUGGACACUGUUCUUUCAUGUAAAGAUUCUGAGCUUGUUCCGGAGGAACCUUCUAAAAUUUCUGAUCCUACCCUCGGAAAGGAUUGCAACGUUUUAGCUGCCUCCAAGGUUUGUUGUUUCUACAAGUGUUGCUCUGGAUGCUUGCAUGCCCUCUAUAUGUUGGUCCGUGGCAUUUUAUCUCAGUGCUGGGAAUCUAAUGGUCGAUGCUCGACUGUUGAUGAUAUCAAUAAUGUUGUUUCCUCGUGUUCUUUAAAUAUUUUGGCAGCAUUGAGGAAAUGCUACAUGUUUGAAAAUAUCAAUUUGGCUGAGUACUGUAAAAGAACUCAAUUUGAAAACCGCGCCUGCCAAGAAGUUGGUAAUAAGAAGCAAAUCUCAUGUCGGGAUAAAACCUUAAACAACGUGUUCCUGGUUGCAGACUGCAUUUGCCACUUGAGAAAGGAAGACAAUCCCAAAGGACAUGCUGAAAAUGAUUCUUCACUCCAACAAGCCUCAACAUAUUUCUUUAGAGAUGGGGUAUUAGUAUCUUCAGAACCCCAAACAGAUGAUGUACUACAUUGUAGAUAUGAUAAAUUUUGCCUGUGUUCUAUGAUGGAGAUAGUACGCGAAAUCAAGGAAGCAGUGGCUGAUGCAAAAGACUGACAUGUUGACUUCAAGAAGAAAAAGAGUUGAGAUUCUCAUUUUCUGGAGGUGUACGAAUUUUGAAAUAUAGGCAGGAAUUUUCGGUCUACACCUCUAUGAAAUCUUAUCUUGCAUGGUAAUUCAGAAUGACGGGCAAUUUCCCGGACUGCUUAACCUUUGGAUGAACUUUUGGUAAGUUUGAAGCAGUUUGACUAAAAUCAAACUUGUUAACAUGUAAAUAUGAUUCGGUAACAUGUUAGAAUUACUUUGUAACUUUGUUAUCAUGUUAGCUGUGGCAAAUAAUCAAUGGUGACAAUGAAGGACAGCUUAUGCGUGUAAAUGUAUUUAAAUGUAGCAAUUAACCAAUGUUGACAAUGAAGGCUAGUCUAUGUAUUUAGAUAUAUUUGAGUAGGGAAAAGAACCAGUGACAAUACAGAUACUCCUGCUUUAGUGACUGCAUGGCAUAUUUUA